AUGGCGUACACCAAACGCCGCUCGGGCUUGAAGAGGAGUGCCCUCGUCGCCGCUGCCCUCGCUGGAUCCGCUUCCGCUCAAACGUUCCGUCGCACCGCUGCGUGCCCGAACCUCGGAUGCAUCUUCCCUCCUGACCAGUCCGCCUUCAUCGCUGGCCAGGUCUUCGACCUCCGCGUCGAGGUCCAGGCGCCGGCGAACGGCACGAUGCCGUUCAACAACGGCAAGCCGUACGACUCGUUCACCCUCUCCAUCGGCAAGAAGGGCCAGGAGCUCAAGGACGUCACCAAGGCCUUCUCCGUUGUGGACCCGAAGUUGUCGAGCUACAACUUCACCUACUACGAGGACUUGUUCGCUCAGGACGCCAAGACACCGACGCUCGUCAAUGUCGUCGCGAAGGACUACCGCCACCUCGCUCUCUACGACCCGGGCGAGUACGAGCUCAAGCUCAAGUACAACAACGGCAUGGAAGAGACCGCAACGUGGGAGGUCCUGCCGCUCUCGAAGAAGAAGCUCGCCAAGAACGUCAUCCUCUUCAUCGGCGACGGAAUGGCCCCCGGCAUGACGACGGCCGCGAGGUUGCUGGGCCACAAGAGCGUCAACGGCAAGUACCAGUCGACGCUCGCCCUCGACAAGGCGGAAGGUUUCGGCAUGCAGCACACCCAUAGUCUGGACUCGUUCAUCACCGACUCGGCCAAUUCAGCAACCGCUCUCAUGGCUGGCAAGAAGAGUACCGUCAACGCGCUCAACGCCUACACUGAUUCGACUGGCAAGCCCUACGCCAACCCGAAGUUUGAGACCAUCUUUGAGAUGGGCCGCCGCAUCUACAACUCGCAGAUCGGCGUGGUGUCGACGGCUUACCUCGCCGACGCUACCCCGGCUGCCGUCGUCGCACACACAUCGCUUCGCUCGCAGUACGACCUCAUCAUCGACCAGUAUCUUGACGGCGUCACGAGCAACUUCACCUGGACCAAGUGGGACGGUCCCGACGUUCUCUUCGGCGGCGGCGGUUCGGACUUCGUCGCGAAGGCCUCGAACCGCAACGUCUCCAAGAUCGACAAGUUCCUCGCCAAGGGCUACGAGUUCGUCACGACCAACUCGUCGCUGUUCAACAUCGGCAACUCGAAGCGCGCACUCGGCUUGUUCUCCGCCUCGACUCUCCCGACCUGGGUCGACCGCCACGUCUUCCCCGAGAACCUUCCGACCUUCAAGGCGUACAAUGAGGCGAACAAGACAUUUACUGCACCGUCGAAAGACGUGCCGGGCCUCAAGGAGAUGACGCUCAAGGCACUCGACAUCCUCACCACCCGCUCAAAGGCGGACGGCACUAACUUCAUGCUCAUGUCGGAGGCCGCGAGUAUCGACAAGGCUAUGCACAUCGCCGACUACCCUCGCGCUCUCGGCGAGCUUCUCGAGCUCGACAACACCAUCGCCGCAACGCUCGAGUACCUUGACAAGCACAACCUCCGCAACGAGACGCUCGUCAUUGUCACCGCCGACCAUGGUCACGGCUUCGACGUCUUUGGCAGCGCCGACACGAAGUACCUGAAGGCCGCUCAGGGCAACGACAAGAAGCGCAACGCGAUCGGAACAUACGUCAACUCUGGCCUCAGCGGCUACCAAGUCCCGGAAGGUGUCUCGCCUCAGAACAACACCGUUGUCACUGGACCGUGGGGAGAAGGCUUCCCUGUCGAUUGGCAGCCUCGUUACACCGCUGCGAUGGGUUUCGCCGCCGACGUUGAUCAAUACGAAGAUUACACUACACGCAACAAGAGUCGGACGACGUCCCUUACGAAGCUCGCCAACGGCACCUAUCGCGCCGACCCGUCUGAUGCGCCCGACGGCUUCUUCAUCAGCGGAAACCUGCCGACGACCGAUGACCAGGGCGUCCACUCGCAAGUCUUCACCUGGGGACCGGCUGCGUCGCUCUUCAACGGCAUGCAGGACUCUACCGAGAUCGCCCAGAAGAUCGCAGCGGCGCUCGACCUCGGCAAGGACCACAACGCCACGGCUCGCGUCCACGGCCCUCGCCACUAG